CGCCGCGCACACUCGCACCGAUGCGCGGCUCCUGGGACGAGUCCACCACGGCGGCGCUGCACGCGCGCAUCCUGGAGGCGCACCGCGGGCCCGCUGCGCCCGACCGCGCCGCCGAGCCCGCCACUUGUACUGAGCCUGCUCCGCCGCUCACCAUUAAUUCCAUCGAGCUGGCCGCGCCGACUCCUCUGCUGCCCUUACCGACGCUGUCUUUCAGCGCCGAACAAGUCGCCACCGUUUGUGAAACCCUGGAGGAGAGCGGCGACGUGGAACGGCUCGCGAGGUUCCUGUGGUCGCUUCCGGUGGCACAUCCAAAUGUUGCCGAACUGGAGCGCUGCGAGGCUGUCCUGCGAGCCCGAGCGGUGGUCGCCUUCCACGCGGGCCGACACCGCGAGCUCUACUCCAUACUGGAGCGCCACCGGUUUCAACGUUCGAGUCAUGCGAAGCUGCAAGCCUUAUGGUUAGAGGCGCACUACCAGGAGGCCGAGAGACUUCGAGGCCGUCCUCUGGGCCCGGUCGACAAGUACCGCGUCCGCAAGAAGUUCCCUUUGCCUCGGACCAUUUGGGACGGAGAACAAAAAACGCACUGUUUCAAGGAGAGAACGCGGUCACUAUUGAGGGAGUGGUACCUGCAGGACCCGUACCCGAACCCGACCAAGAAGCGGGAGCUGGCGGCGGCGACGGGCCUCACGCCGACGCAGGUCGGCAACUGGUUCAAGAACCGGCGGCAGCGGGACCGAGCCGCCGCCGCCAAGAACCGCUCGGCGCUGCUCGGCCGGGGCUUCGCCUCCUCCUCCACCUACGACGAGGACUCGGCCGACUCCGAAAUCAACGUCGAGGAGGAGUAGCCUCCGGUCGCGGACUGAUAGUGUAAAUAUUUAUUAUCAGUGAUAUAGAUUAUAUAAGCCGACAGGACGUUCGGCGGAGAACGUUGCAAUAUAGACGAAUGCUGUCUUCAAUUAGUAUCUCAGAGGCCGUGGCGUAUGUGAUGUUCAAAGCGUUGUCAGCCAGUACCGUUAGCUCGUAAUAUCCGCGUUCAAAGUGUUAAUUAACCGAGUGCUUGAAGUGUCCGCCUAACUUCUGCCAGAUCAGGUACGUACCACGACGUAGCGCUCGCUAUGUUAGAGUAUAUUUUGCCGCGGAUCUUGGAAAUCUCUCGACGAAUUUAUUCUUUUAUUUAGGAGGUACAACAGGGUUGGUUCGGUUCAGACGACUCAGAACGUUUAAUUUAAAUAGAAAUUUUGAUUGCUCGUGAGAUAUCAUCUGUGCUUUUUUUUGUUUAAUAGGCAUUUAUUUAUAUAUAUUUACCAGUUGAAAUAGUUUAUCAGCUUUUAGUUGUACGUAAUUCAAAAAGGUUGUAAUAAGGUCUCUUCGUCAGAACCAAAUUAUGUCAACUCGGUUCGUAUAACGAGGAAUUGUUUUUUUUUGUUUUUUUUUAUAUUUAUCAAAAAAGUAUUUAUUAUUAAUCACGUUUGUUAACGUUAUAUCGAAAUGCUGUGAAAAGAUAUUUAAUAAGAUACCGCAUGAAAGAGAUAUGGUAUUAGGCCUAAUUGCGGCGCUCAAAUUUGCGGGAGGAAAUCGAAAUAAACGAACGAUUGUAAUCGGAAAAAAGUAUUUUCAAGAAUUUUAGAGGAAAAAACGUUUUAAUUUUCAUCAUUAUUUCCUCUUAAACUGCUACUUGAGGAUAACUUCCGUAAUUACUUCACUUAUGGGUUGAUAUUGAUAUUAAAUGUGAAUAAAAUUCGGUAUUUAAUUGAGUUAAUUUAGGUCAAUUCUCAAAUGCUUUAACAUAGUAAGUAAGGACUCUGUGUCAGUUAUAUUUUAUGUAUCUGUAGUACUAGGCACCUAAUUUAUUUAAAAGCCAAUGUAUUUACGUAUGUAUGUUUCCUUGAGAUUCCGAAACGGCUCGACAGAUUGCGAUUAAAUUUUCAGGAAAUCUUCAGAUUAACCUAACGGGUGAACCGGUGAAGUUCGGUAAUCGGAUUGGAGUCAAAUCAAAGAUAGGCCAGGUUUUACGACAAGAACUAGUUACUUUAAAACAAUCUUAUUUUAUUAAACAAUUUUAAUGAAAAACUCGUGUUUUUUAUGAAAUACAAGUUAGUAUUUUUAUUCUUGUAAGUUGUAAAUUUUUCGAGAAGAACAUCUACUCAGUCGUGGACCAACAGAGGCACUAACCAACUAGGCGUUCGAAAAAUUCAGGUAGCAGAGACACUUGUAAUAAAAUAAUUUAAAAAAAUCUUAAAUUUCGGCUUUGGAAUGAGCUCCCCCUUCCACGGUGUUUCCCGAGCGCUAUGACAUGUACUUCUUCAAACGAGGCUUGUAGAGAAUACUUAACGGUAGGCAGCAGCUUGGCUCUGCCACUGAGAUUGCUAACGGCCAUGGGCAACGGUAACCACUCACCAUCAGGUGGACCGUAUGCUCGUCUGCCUACAAGGUCAAUAAAAUAAAUUAAUAGUCAAACAAGCUAAGUGUGAAGUUAGGUUCUUUCUAUUUUCCUCAAUGUUCUUUAGUACUAUACACUUUCUUGAUACUUUGAUGUACCUCCGAUAGCUUUCUGUAUUUAUCACGUUCCUAACGAUAUAUUACGGGCUUACUAUCAGUUCGUUGUAACUAAAACCUAUGCUAAUUUUCCGAUUACGGCAGAACAAUAUCUGAUUAUUAAUUUUUUUUUAUUGCUUUCAAAUAAGGAUUAGAACUGAACAGGUACCUGGUCUAUGUAAAUAGAACAAGACGAUUUAUUAAUAAAUACAAUUAUUUCUAUCGGUAGGUUCUUCUAUCUGUAGGUUCCACGGGGAUCGAUGAAUUGUUUAUGAUAAUUUCGCACACAGUAUAUUUGAAAAGAAUCCUCAACAGCUUGCUUGAGUCCAAUAAGGUAGAUUUCAUUUGGGUUAAAAAAUAAAUAUAUUAUUAUACAUAUGUCAGUUAAAGUGUGUGGUGAACUCACGUUACGAAGUCUUAUGACCUAAGGCUAGACCUUGAAUCAUUCGUGAUCUGUUGCGUAAAACAGGCAUUACUCACGGAUGCCCACCAAUUUUAACACGUAUUUAUUAUUAGCUUGGUACGUAUGCCUAUCAAGUCGUCCAAAUAUGUCGACCCAUGAGUUUCUAAUCUAUAACUUCGCUCUAAAAUCCUGACCAGUAUAAACAGGAUACAAAGAAAGAUGAAAUUAAAUUUUACUAUAUUACUCAUUAUUUUUAAAGUUAUUUAGCUACGUAUAUUAUUUAAUUAGCUGACCCAGCAGACUUCGUAGUGCCUCAAUCGAUAAAUAAAAGACCUAAAAUUUUGUAUAAAAUAAACUUAAAGCAAACAAAAGCAAUGCGUCCGACGGGGGACACAUCAAAGGAAAAACUAAAUUGUUAUUUUUAUUUAAUUCCGAGCGUUUUCAUAUUUAUCUACCUUUUAAACCUUCUCUGGACUCACACAAAUAAUUCAAGACCAAAAUUAGCCAAAUCGGUCUAGCCGUUCUGGAGUUUUAGCGAGACUAACGAACAGCAAUUCAUUUUUAUAUAUAUAUAUAGAUAUAUAGAUAAUCAAAACCUUUUUUUUCUUAUUUAACGCUGGGGAAUCUAUUUCCGGAUACCCGGUCAGGGGGUAAAGGAUCGGGCUAUGUUGGACUCCGGCACCUCCCGAGAGGCAGAUCUCGGAUCCGCCCGAUCCAUUAAAGAUGCAUUUAGGUACCUCAAGCACCAGUCAUCGUUCUCGUUGAACUCGUCGUUUGCGAGGGGAUAU